AUGGCCCCCCGCAAGCCCCGUUGCAACUUCAAGGAGUGCAAGGAAGCCGCCCAACGUAUCGUCGGUGACUGCAGCUUCUGCGCCGGCCACUUCUGCUCCAAGCACCGCAUGUUGGAAGCCCACUCCUGCACCGGACUGGAAGACUGCAAGAAAGAAUCACACGCCCGCAAUGCCGAUAAGCUGAACAGCGAACGUACCGUUGUCGUCAAGGGCGUAUGA